GCUUGAGAAUAUCUCUCUCUCUGAUCAAGCCGGAAAAAAUCACAGAAAGUGAUCAGUUUUAUUUUUUUCUCGGGAAAAGUUUUCUGAAAGGGAAAGCAAGUUUUAUUAUCAAGUCAAGUGGGUUGAGAGAGAGAUGGGAGAAAUGGGGAAGGCGAUGGGAUUACUGAUUAGCGGGACGCUUGUGUAUUAUCACUGUGCAUAUCGCAACGCAACCCUUCUCUCCUUAUUCGCCGAUGUUUUCAUUGUUCUAUUAUGCUCCCUCGCCAUUCUCGGUCUCCUUUUUCGCCAACUCAAUGUCUCGGUACCAGUGGAUCCACUAGAGUGGCAAAUAUCACAGGACACAGCAAGUAACAUUGUUGCUCGUUUAGCUAAUACCGUUGGAGCAGCAGAGGGUGUUCUCAGGGUUGCAGCAACAGGACAUGACAAGAGACUUUUUGUCAAGGUCGUAAUCUGCCUUUACUUCUUAUCAGCUCUUGGGCGACUCAUAUCAGGUGUAACCGUUGCUUAUGCAGGACUAUGCUUGUUCUGUCUCUCCAUGCUCUGUCAGAAUUCUCAAUCUCUUGGAAACUGUGUGCUAAAACGAGGAAAUGCUGAGAUUUUAGAACAAGAAGCAAAUUCUGAUAAAUAAAGCUGUCGAGCAUUCGUCUUUAUUUGUUUUUUUACUCAUGAUCACAUGUUCAUAGCCUCAGAGUAGCUUCACCUUAUGUACACUCGAUUUGUAUAAUGUCUGGUGGAAAUUGUAAUGAUAAUGUUUCCCUUCCACCCCAUAUGUAAUUACAGAUCCUAAAUUAACUGUAUUAUUCUCUUCACAGUAUUUACGGAUCUUUAGGCA